GGCCUCGUUGAGUCUGGAAAGAGCGAGCGAAGUCUUCCUAUGAACGGCGAACUUAUUCCCUUUUCCUUCGCUUGGAGGAAGGCCAGCUUCUUGACGGCGUGGGGCAGAACAGUGGACGACAAGAAAGAGCAUUCGAUCCCAACUUUCCUUCCCUGGCACAAGCAUUGCAUUAUUCCUCCACCAAAUCCCCCAACUAGCAAGGAACAAAAGGUGCGGGGGAAAGAGGGAAAGGGCGAAUAGGGAUUAGCCUCUUUCUUUCUUUUUAUCUUUCAUUUGAUCGAUAUCAUUAACAAGAUCGCUGGCGUUGCUUGGAAGGCUCUUUACUGGGGUUGGAGUUUAGAGCGGAAGAUGGGGUUCGUCGAUGUGGUGUUGGGGCUGUGCGGGUUCGGCCUGGGGUUGUCGGCGGGAAUUGCCAUUGGAUAUUGCUUCUUCAUCUACUUCCGGCGCUCUCAUGUCAAGGAGCCUAAAAUUCGUCCACUUGUUGAACAUGAUACGCAAUCAUUGGAGCGUAUAUUUCCUGAAAUCCCCCUCUGGGUGAAGAAUCCAGACUAUGAUCGUAUUGAUUGGUUAAAUAAGUUUCUUGAGUUGAUGUGGCCGCAUCUGGAAAAGGCUAUCUGCAGAACUGCAGAACAAGUAGCCCGGCCUAUAAUUGCUGAAAAUAUUGUUAAGUAUAAAAUCAGUUCAGUCGAGCUAGAAGCUUUCACACUUGGGUCUCAACCACCUACUUUUCAUGGAAUGAAAGUUUACACUACAGAAGAGAAAGAGCUCAUCAUAGAGCCAUCACUAAAAUGGGCAGGGAACACCAACGUGCUGGUUGUUGUUAAAGCUUAUGGAUUAAAGUUGACUGUUCAGAUGGUUGAUUUGCAAUUUUUUGCUACUCCACGUAUUACCUUAAAACCAUUGGUUCCCAGCUUUCCAUGUUUUGCAAAAAUCCUUGUUACCCUCAUAGAAAAGCCAUAUAUCGACUUCGGGCUGAAACUUAUGGGAGCUGAUCUUAUGGCAAUUCCAGGUCUUUACAGAUUUGUCCAGGAGACCAUCAAAAAACAAAUUGCAAAUAUGUGUUUGUGGCCCCGAACACUCGAAGUGCCAGUUCUAGAUAUUACAAAAGCCUUAAAAAAGCCUGUUGGGAUUCUCCAUGUGAAGAUCCUCAGAGCAUAUAAACUGAGAAAGAAAGAUUUAAUAGGCAAAUCAGAUCCAUAUGUCAAACUCAAGCUGUCUGAUGACAAGCUUCCCUCAAAAAAGACUUCAGUGAAGCAUAACAAUCUUAACCCAGAGUGGAAUGAGGAAUUCAAGUUCGUUAUCAAAGAUCCUGAAAAUCAACAUGUGGAGCUUAAUGUCUUUGAUUGGGAACAGGUAGGCAAACACAACAAAAUGGGCAUGAAUAUUAUUCGGUUGAAAGAUUUAACCCCGAACGAGUCAAAAACUUUGACACUUGACUUGCUCAAGAAUCUUGAAGCGGAGAGUGACAAAUCGUACGGGCAGCUUAUUGUGGAACUACUGUACAAGCCUUUCAAGGAAGAUGAGAUACCACAAGACGUUGGUGAUAAAGAAGCUCAAAAACCUCAUGAUGAUACUCCAUCAGGUGGUGGCUUGUUUGUAGUUAUUGUUCAUGAAGCUCAAGAUCUCGAGGGCAAGCACCACACAAACCCUUAUGUGCAGAUCACUUUCAGAGGAGAGAAGAAGAAAACUAGAUAUAUCAAGAAAAGUAGAGAUCCACGUUGGGAAGAGGAGUUUCAGUUUGUAUGCGAGGAGCCUCCGACUAAUGAUAAAAUGCAUGUGGAAGUAUUCACUAGGCCUCCAAGCAUUAGCAUCCAUCCUAAGGAAAGUUUGGGGUACGUCACCAUUAAUCUUGCAGAUGUUGUGAAUAAUAAGAGAACCAACGAAAGGUAUCAUCUUAUCGACUCAAAAAAUGGCCGAAUCCAAAUAGAACUGCAGUGGAGGACUUCCUAGAAUCCCCUUGAAGAAUUAGUCCUGGCUUGGCAUCAAGAACCCCAAAACUUGAGGGAGGAGGUAAGUUAUUAUCCAUUAGAUAUGAAAUUGUGAUUUGUUUAACACAGCCCAAAAAGGAAGAAAAAAAUGUUGCCUGCAGCAACUAUAAUACUAGUUGAUACCUGUAAACAUUUUAAAGGAAAACUAUUUUCUCA